CAUUGUUCCUUCGCGGUAGUCUGUGACACAUAGUACUGAAUGAAUUUCUGCUCGAAUAAAAUAUCUAGCGUAAGCGCACACUUUAAACACACGUGUCCACAGAGAGAAACCGUGACUGCGACGUUUCUUUGGGCACAAUAUAAGAACUUCAUCUUAUCUGAGUUCAUAGACCAGAACAGAGAUGGCUGGAAUUCUGUUUGAGGAUAUCUUUGACGUAAAGGACAUCGAUCCUGAUGGCAAGAAGUUUGACAGAGUAUCUCGUCUACAUUGUGAAAGUGAAUCUUUUAAGAUGGACCUCAUCUUGGACGUGAACAUUCAGAUCUAUCCUGUUGAUCUUGGUGACAAGUUCAGACUGGUUAUUGCCAGCACAUUAUACGAAGAUGGAACACCAGAUGAUGGAGAGUACAAUCCUCAGGAUGACCGGCCAUCCAGAGCGGACCAGUUUGAUUAUGUGAUGUAUGGUAAGGUUUACAAGAUUGAGGGUGAUGAGACUUCAACAGAAGCAGCCACACGCCUCUCUGCCUAUGUGUCUUACGGCGGCCUCCUCAUGAGGCUGCAGGGAGAUGCGAACAACCUUCACGGAUUUGAGGUGGACUCCAGAGUCUACCUCCUCAUGAAGAAACUGGCCUUCUAAAACCUGACUCUGCUCCCCCUGGUUCUUCCACUGCCACAGUCACAGUCAUGCUGAACUGCAUACUGAAAAACAUUCAUAUUCCCAAGUCUGGAGCACAUGACCAUCUCCAAAAGAAGCUCACAGACAGAACACAUGGAUGCUGAAGGAAACAUUUAGUUUUUUUUUUUUUAAUUCUGGCGGUUACAAAAUGUUUCCUCUAAGAAGAUGGACUACAGACUAAAGACUGUGACGCUUAAGAGCUGCUGCAAACUACAUCU